AAGGAGAGAAGAGAACAGGUGAAAGUAGCCCAGUUAAGAUGGGGUAGCAAGGGCAUUAAGUGGGGCAUUUCUGUAGUGAAUUUAGAUCUAAUCAUCUUUAACCCCCCAUUGAUUUAAGAGAAAGUAAAGCCAACAAUUAUGCAAAAAGACACUGCCUUCACUCACAUAUUAACUAUACAUUAAUCAGACCUGGUCCAACCCACACCUCUUUGGUAAUGCACAGCAUCAUGACAAACACCCUGGCUUUUCAGUGCAUAGCACAAGUUAUAGAUAGAGAAUAAAAUCUUUAAACAAAAACUAUGAUCUAUUUUAUUAAGGUAUCAAUUUGAAAAUGAUUUUGCCUGUAAAUUUAAGCAAUGUAUUUGUACAAAUAGCAACCCAAAAGUAGCAGAAGUUUCUGUAUCUCAAAGCUGUAUAGGUGCCAAGUCAGCAUCCUAUGUGGACUUGGUAGGAUCAAAGGUGACAUGAUGUGGGGAAGGGGGUGACUGCUCUGCCUUUAACUUUUGAGUUACCACCAUCUUCAUUACCUCUGCUUUUAGCCUGCCUUUGAAACAUUCUUUUUCAACAUUCUUUUCUUACUUUUCUGUUUCUACAUUCAUCCAUUCAUCAUUUCCUUAAGAACACCACAUUCUCCAUCAAAUUCAUUUCUCUCCCCUUCUUCCUUUUCCCCUCAAUAUACCAAUUCAUCAGUCUCUUAUUACAAUUCUCUUUUGAGUUCCAUGAUCAGAUAGUCUCAAGUACUGCCAUGGGAACUCCUGUAAACAUCAUAGUUGGAUCCCAAGUGUGGAUUGAGGAUCCUGAUGAUGCUUGGAUUGAUGGAGAAGUUACAGAAAUUAAGGGGUCAAAUGCUACAGUAGUCACAACUAAUGGGAAGAAGACAGUUGCUCCUAUUUCUAGCAUAUACCCAAAGGACACCGAAGCACCACCAGCUGGGGUUGAUGACAUGACCAAGUUAGCUUACCUACAUGAGCCUGGGGUUCUGAAUAACCUUGCCUGUCGGUAUGCUCUAAAUGAGAUAUAUACUUACACGGGAAAUAUCCUAAUUGCGGUGAAUCCAUUUCGGAGACUUCCACAUCUGUAUGAUAUCCAUAUGAUGCAGCAAUACAAGGGAGCCCCAUUUGGAGAGCUAAGUCCACAUCUUUUUGCAGUGGCAGAUGCCUGUUAUAGGGCAUUGAUAAAUGAACACGGGAGCCAAUCUAUCUUGGUCAGUGGAGAGAGUGGAGCUGGCAAAACUGAGACAACGAAAAUGUUAAUGAGGUAUCUCGCAUUCAUGGGUGGGCGCUCUGGAACUGAAGGAAGAACAGUCGAGCAACAAGUUUUGGAGUCCAACCCAGUUUUAGAAGCAUUUGGAAACGCAAAGACUGUGAAGAACAACAAUUCCAGUCGUUUUGGUAAAUUUGUUGAAAUUCAAUUCGAUAAGCAUGGAAAGAUCUCUGGGGCUGCAGUUAGGACAUAUCUUCUUGAACGGUCACGUGUUUGCCAAGUCUCAGACCCAGAGAGAAACUACCAUUGUUUUUACAUGCUUUGUGCUGCACCACCAGAGGAUGUGAAAAGAUACAAACUUGGAGAUCCAAGAUCAUUUCAUUAUCUAAACCAAACUAACUGUUACGAAGUUGCAAACGUUGACGAUGCACGGGAGUAUCUUGAAACCAGAAAUGCUAUGGAUGUUGUUGGAAUCGGUCCAGAGGAGCAGGAAGCUAUAUUCCGUGUUGUAGCUGCAAUACUCCAUCUUGGAAACAUCAACUUUGUGAAAGGAAAGGAGUUUGAUUCCUCCAAACUAAAAGAUGACAAGUCACUUUUUCAUCUGAAGACAGCUGCAGAGCUAUUCAUGUGUGACGAGAAGGCACUAGAAGACUCACUUUGUAAGCGUGUCAUUGUAACUCCUGAUGGAAACAUCACAAAACUACUGGAUCCAGCAGCUGCAACCACAAGCAGGGAUGCCCUGGCAAAGACUGUAUACUCCAGAUUGUUCGACUGGCUUGUGGACAAGAUAAACAGUUCAAUUGGACAAGAUCCUGAUGCAAAAAGCAUAAUUGGCGUCCUUGAUAUAUAUGGCUUUGAGAGCUUCAAAAUCAACAGUUUUGAGCAAUUCUGCAUCAACCUAACAAAUGAGAAGUUGCAGCAGCACUUUAACCAGCACGUAUUCAAGAUGGAACAAGAAGAUUAUACGACAGAAGAAAUCAACUGGAGUUAUGUGGAGUUUGUAGAUAACCAAGAUGUUUUAGAUCUUAUUGAGAAGAAACCUGGAGGCAUUAUUGCUCUUCUUGAUGAAGCUUGUAUGUUCCCAAAAUCAACUCAUGAAACAUUUGCCCAAAAGAUGUACCAGACGUACAAAGCCCAUAAGCGGUUUAGCAAGCCAAAACUUGCUCGUACUGCAUUUACAAUCAAUCAUUACGCUGGUGAUGUUACUUACCAGGCAGAUCACUUCCUUGACAAAAACAAGGACUAUGUGAUAGCAGAAUUUCAAGCUCUUCUGAUGGACUCUAAGUGCUUUUUCGUAGCAAAACUCUUCCCUCCAUUGCCUGAAGAAUCGUCCAAGCAGUCCAAGUUCUCUUCCAUCGGCACGCGGUUUAAGCAACAAUUGCAAUCUUUAAUGGAGACCUUGAGCACUACAGAGCCGCAUUACAUCAGAUGUGUAAAGCCCAAUACAGUUCUAAAGCCAGGAAUAUUUGAGAACAUGAAUGUAUUAAACCAAUUAAGAUGUGGGGGUGUUUUAGAGGCGAUCAGGAUAAGUUGUGCAGGAUAUCCAACAAAAAGAGUAUUUGAUGAGUUCCUUGACCGCUUUGGAAUGUUAGCUCCAGAUGUUCUUGACGGAUGUGAUGAGAAGUCAGCAUGCAUUGCAAUUUGUGAUAGGAUGGGCUUAAAGGGUUAUCAGAUCGGGAAAACCAAAGUUUUUCUCAGAGCCGGGCAGAUGGCUGAAUUAGAUGCCAGAAGAACUGAAGUUCUAGCUCAUGCUGCAAGGCGCAUUCAGAGGCAAAUUCGAACACAUCUUACACGAAAAGAGUUCACAGCCCUAAGAAGAGCUACUAUUCAUUUCCAGAAACUUUGGAGAGCAAAACUUGCCAGAGUGCUGUAUGAACAAAUGAGAAGGGAGGCUGCUUCAAUCCGCAUACAGAAACACGUGCGUUCUCAUUCAGCAAGAAAAUCUUACAAGGAAUUGCAGGCAGCAGCUGUAGUCAUUCAAACAGGGAUGAGAGCAAUGGCAGCACGAAAUGAAUAUAGGCAGAGGAGGAGAAAUAAAGCAGCUAAAAUAGUUCAGACUCAAUGGAGAGGAUUCCAUGCCUUUUCAACUUAUAAACAGAAGAAAAAAGCAAGUCUUUCACUUCAAUGUCUCUGGAGAGGCAGGUUGGCGAAGAAGGAGCUUCGAAAAUUGAGGAUGGCUGCAAGAGAUACAGGGGCACUUAAAGAAGCGAAGGAUAAACUGGAAAAGCGUGUCGAGGAGUUAACGUGGCGAUUAGACUUUGAAAAACACUUGAGGAUUGAUCUCGAAGAAGCAAAGGGGCAAGAAAUUUCAAAAUUGCAAAAAGCCUUA